UCCCCUUUUCCUGAGAGCCUGUUACACAAUGUUCUGAGCUUCAGUGAUGCUUUUACAAUAAAAUGAAAACCCUGAAAGUGGAGUUUGGAUCUGCAAACUACAGGAGUUGGUUUCUCUGGUUCUUCUCAAGCGGUUCCAGUUCAUUCAAACAUGAACAAUGAUGAAAGCUGAGAUCGUCUUCCUCCUAAACUGAAUCCGAACAACAAUCUGGGGUCUUAUCUCCUCCCCCUUCCCACCCUGUGUUCUCCAUAAAAACCCCCAAGUCCACAAAGCUGCUCACAUUCCUCUGUGCUUUCUUUUGCGAAAAUAUCUGAAGCUUUCUGGAGUCAUCGAGGGAAAAGCAGGUUGGGGCAGCAUGACGGCGUCUCUGACUUUGUUUUUUUGUGUCGCAUCUCUGAGCGUGUGGGUCGCCAUUGCAGAUGCCAAACAAUUAUCCAUUACAACAAUAAAGGAAGAUCCAUACACCAUGAGCAAAGGCUCCGGCCUGGAGGGCUACUGCAUCGACCUGAUCUCAGAGCUCUCCAAGAAGCUGGGCUUUGACUACAAAGUGCACGUAGUUAAGGACAACCGAUACGGCGCCAUGGAUGCCAGCGGCAACUGGAAUGGGAUGAUUGGCGAGCUAGUUAGAAAGGAAGCCGACCUGGCUGUAGCUCCAUUGACCGUCACAGCGGUCAGGGAGCGUCACGUGGACAUGGCGGCGCCCUUCAUCCACACGGGCCUGAGCUUCAUCACACGCAAAGCCAGCGACUCUGAGGAGAGCUCAUUCAGCCUGCUGGCCCCCUUCUCCACAGACAUGUGGGUGGGCCUCCUCGUCUCCUUCCUGCUGACAGGCCUCUGUAUUUACCUGGUGGGCAGAAUCAGUCCUGCUGAAUGGGCCGAGCCACGGACAGAUGAGCACAGCUUCACACUUCUGCACAGCUUCUGGUACAUCAUUGGGUCUCUCACCCUGCAAGGGGCCGGCCCCCACCCCAAAGCCCUGUCAGGACGGGUGAUCAGCGCCCUCUGGUGGAUUUUCUGUGUGCUGCUGUUGGCCUGCUACUUUGCAAACUUCAGCUCGGUGAUGCAGUCCAAGAGCCGGCAGGUGUCUAUCAGCACCUUCGAAGACCUCGCCAACCAGGAUGUGAUUGACUACGGCACUGUGGAGUUCGGGUCCACCAUGCUCUUCUUCAAGAACUCCAACAACCCCGUUUACAAGCGGCUCUACCAGCACAUGGAGCGCAAGAAGAGCUUUGUGUCCACCAUGGAAGAGGGUGUCCGCCGCACCCAGGAGGGGAACUUUGCCUUUAUUGGAGAGGCAGUGUCCUUGGACCUGGCUGUGGCUCGAUACUGUAAACUGAGCCGUGCUCAGGAGGUGAUCUCCAUGAGAGCUUACAGCAUCGCUACACCUCUGGGCUCCCCAAUGAUGAAAAACCUGUCCAUAGCCAUCCUGGAGCUCAGCGAGUCUGGGGAGCUGACCCAUCUGCGGGAGAAAUGGUGGGCCAGUAAAUGCCUUAGUGAAGACGAGGCCCACGCCUCUGGGGCUCUGCAGCCCCAUGACCUACGGGGGCUCUUCAUCCUGCUGGGGCUGGGCCUGGGCGCUGGGCUCCUGCUGGCCCUGCUGGAGCUCUUCUCCAAGGCACACAACCAUGCUAAGGAUGGCAAGAGAUCCUGCUGCUCUGCUCUGACAUCUGAACUGAGCCAGAGGUUUGGCAGCGCCGCAGAGAAGGAUGAGGAGGAUGGUGCAGACAAAAGCAAGGCCUAGAGGCUGCAUCCCACCCUCACCCUCCUAGAGCCACAGGAUUCUGUUGUUUUCAUGCAUAUUUUAGAAAAUCUGUCCUCUCUUUGGUGCCUCUUGAAGGAGCAGGAAUGUCCUGGACAGUAGAGUUGAGUUCAAACAAAAACAAAAAGAUCAAAAAUUGGGUUUGCAUUCUGGAUUUUCUCAGAAGGUUUGCAACAUUCAAAGGUUUGUUUCUGAGCCAGAGGAACCCAAAGCAGCCCGGUUAGGUCUGAAUGUUUGAGCUCUGCUGUCUGGGACUGCCCUGAAGAAAAACCUCUCUUUCACCAGACUAACUGAAACUCAAAUGCAAAUGUUUUUCUUUGUACUCCACAUAAAUCCUGCAGAUGCUCUGCCCUUCAAACAUGUUAUGUAGAACCACGCUGUUCAGGUGUUGUUCAUGAACGUAACAAUAAACACUUUUUAUAUGGAUGAAAUUAAAUGAACUGCUUUGAGUUUCCAAACUUC